AUGGCGGGUUCGCAGCUGAAAAACCUUCGAAAAGCGCUGAAAGAUAAUGGUCUUACCGGUCAAUCUAAUGUGAAAGGGUCCAAAAAAUCAAAGAAGCAGUCCAGAGAAUAUGACCGCGAGGAACGGGCUAAGACGGUGGCAAGAAUUCGAGAACAAUUUAAUCCAUUCGAUGUGAAGGUCAACCGAGACAAACGAAGCACGCACAACGGAGGUGAACAGAGGCCAGUGGGUAAACCUGGUAUUUCGAAACAGAUUGGUGAAGAGCAGCGGCAAAAGGCACAUGAAUUGAGAAAGGGCGGGAAAAACAAGCUUGGUGGGGUGUUUGAUAGGCGUUUUGGUGAGAAGGAUAAGACUAUGACGGCCGAAGAGAAAAUGCUGGAGCGUUUUACAAGAGAACGUCAAAAUCACUCAGGUGCUGGUCGUUCUAUCUUCAAUUUAGAAGACGGCGAUGAUGACGGUGACAUGUAUGGAGAAAAAUUAACACAUUUCGGCAAGUCGUUGGCCCUGGAAGACGAUUUCGACCGGGGAGAUUUGGGUUUGCAUGACGAGGAUGACGCUGCAAUGCUUGAAAAACGGGCACAAAGGACUUCGAAACGUCUAAUGGAUGAAGAGCUACUUGGGGAUGAAGAGCCGCAACCAGAGAGAAAGAAAACCAAAGCUGAAGUCAUGAAGGAAGUUAUUGCCAAAUCCAAAUUUUACAAGCAAGAAAGGCAAAAGGCGCAAGAACAAUUAGAAGAUCAAAUUGACAAUCUGGACAAUGAUUUUGAUGACAUUCUUUCUCAGUUGCAUAGUGUGCCGGAACCUGCUCGUUCAGCUGUCUUUGACAAAAAUCACGACGCUGACAAGGAAUACGAUAUGAAGGUGAAAGAGUUGAUACUGGAAAGACGUGCAGCUCCGGCUGAUAGGACCAAAACUGAGGAAGAGAUCAAAUCCGAACAAGAGCAAAAAAGGUUGGCGCUAGAACAGGACAGGCUAAAUAGAAUGGCAGGAAUGCUCGAGGAAGAUCGCGGAGUUGAGGACCUGGGCGACGAGUUUUGGAGGGGCAGUGAUUCUGAGCACGAUGGUAUGGGUGUUGACGAUGAGGGAAUCGCCGACUCUGAUGAUGAUGUCUCCGUGUCGGUGUCGGAUGAUGAACGCGAAUCGCGUUCCUGCAAGAACAAGGCUGCGGCGCAAUUUAGGACAUGUCCAUCAACUCAUGAAGAGCUUUUGGCUGUUGUUAAUGGCUAUAAAGUUGGGGAUCACUCCAAGAUUGUGAAGGAUAUUAUAAAAGCCUGCCAACCCAGACUUGCAGAGGGAAACAAACAACGUUUAGGCAAGUUCACGGGAGUGCUCUUGUAUCAUAUCAUGUUCCUGGCUUCCAACUAUGGGGGAAACGAAGCUGGAGGGGUGGGUGAGAGCAUAAAUUCUCUCGUCAGUAUCCUAAGAAAUUUGGCGCAGAAAUAUAAUGAGCCUUUAUCUCUCUCAUGUAGGGACAUCAUACAGGACAUUCACUUAAGAUUUAAGACGCAGCAACUCAACGGCCUGUCAAGAGGAGAUUUGAUUUUUUUCGCAACGGUGGGAACCAUUUUUUCGGCGUCUGAUCACUAUCACCUGGUGAUAACACCAUGCAAUAUUGUCAUUGGUGAGAUUUUAGAACAGACAAAACCAGAUACUUUACAAAAGUUGCUAUUCUGCAUCAUCCUUUGCAAAAUAUUUUUGAAGUAUCAGCGAUUAUCGAAGCGAUUUUCCCCUGAGUUGGUAUUUUUCUUGGAGAGAGCUAUUAUGAGCUUAUUACCUUCAUCCCAGGGAACAGACACUUAUGCUUCCUCAAAGAGCGCACUUGAAGUGGGGGUCCUUCCUGUGCUCGAUCCUGCUUCUUUCGCCUCCGCAAAGUCGCACCCUAUCAGCCUAAACACACUCAGCAUUUGCAAUAGAGAUAUCACAGACGACUUGAAGAAAAGCGCUUUAUCUGCAGUAAUAAACCUAGUUGAUGAGACUAUUAGUCUGGUUUGGAAAGAAUUAUCUGCGUUUCCCGAAAUAAUUAGUCGCUUUGAAGGUCACUUGGCCACUUUCAGAGAUAGCUAUGAGCAUUUUAAUAGCCCAAGUCAAAUUCUUCAAAAGAUUGACAAACUCAAGAAGAAUCGAGAGCAUAUCCCUCUAGCUUUGCAAAACCACAGGCCAGUUGGAAUUCCUUCACAUACCCCUAAAUUCGAGGAGAACUUCAAUCCCGAGAAGAGAUCGUAUGACGUUGAUAGCGCAAGGAACGAAAUGAACAAGAUGAAGGCACAAUUGAGGAAAGAACGUAAGUUUACGAUGAAAGAAAUUCGGAAAGAUACCAAAUUUGAGGCUAGACAACAGAUUGAUACGAAGAAGAGAGAAAGUGCUGAAUAUCAUGCUAAAAUGGCACGUAUUAUCAACACGAUCAGCACUGAGGAAGGCGCUGAGAAGAGCAAGUACGAAAGAGAAAAGAAGCUUCGUAACGCCAAAAAGUGA